GGUAGAAUCAAGUACCAUAUUCUAAAUGAUAUCCAAAAUUUCCUUUAAAUUUGUUCUUUAAAAAAGUUUUACGAGUUUAUUUUAUAUUUUAAAGUUUAUAAAUUAAGCAACCCUUACAAAUCUUAGGGGUUGAAAUAAAUGCAGCGGUGAAAUGGCUGGACAAAUUGUAUUACGUAUAGAAUCUCCAGAUGGAACAAAAAGGGUUCAGAUAUCACCAACACAAUCAAGUUAUGAUUUAUUUGAAAAAGUUCAUGAUGUAUUUUCACUUACUAAUUAUAAUUUUACAUUGUAUAAUGAUCGUUCCCGUAAAAAUGAAAUUAAGUCAUCUAGAAGUGUUCAUUUAAAAAGUUUAAAUUUAAGUCAUGGCGACAAAGUAUAUUUAACACCAUUAGAUUCUGAAAAUAUAUGGGCAAUUCCUGGUCCUUCAAAAAUAAAUGCCAGUAAUGGUAGCCAAUCAUCUUCAGCUGUAUCAACUCCUGGAUCUAGUACAUCUCUACAAUUUAAUGAAAAAAAAAUAUCAUCAUCAAUCAAUCAAAUAGAAGAAGAUGAAGUUGAUAAACAGUUAUGGAAAUUAGAUGGAAAAAUCAAACGCCUAAAAGAUAAAAAAUAUUGCCGUCAUGGAGAUAAUGGAUGUUGUGUUCAUUGUUCACCAUUAGAACCAUUUGAUGAAGAAUAUCUUAAAACACAGAAUAUGAAGCAUUUAUCUUUUCACUCUUAUUUAAGAAAAAUGACAGCAGGCGUAGCCAAAGGUAAAUUUUUAUUACUAGAAAAUAUUAGCUGUCGUAUUAAAGAAGGCUGUGUUGGACAUUUACCAUGGCCUAAAGGAAUAUGUUCAAAAUGUCAGCCAUCAGCUAUUACAUUAAACAGACAAAGUUAUAGACAUGUAGAUAAUAUAAUGUUUGAAAACUCUGAGAUAGUAGAACGGUUUUUGAAUUACUGGAGAAUAACGGGACAUCAGCGUGUUGGAUUUUUGUAUGGUCGUCAUGAAAUACAUCCAGAUAUACCUUUAGGUAUAAGAGCUGUAGUUGCUGCAAUUUAUGAACCUCCUCAAGAAAGUUCAAGAGAUCAUAUCAAACUAUUAUUGCCUGAUGAUAGACAAGAAUUAGUUGAUGAAAUGGCACGUUGUUUGGGAUUAACUUGUGUCGGGUGGAUAUUUACAGAUCUCUUAACUGAAAAUAUGCAGAAAGGAACGGUAAAAUAUGUCAGAAAUAUUAAAAGUCAUUUUCUAUCUGCUCAAGAAUGUAUUAUGGCUGGUUAUUUUCAAAAUCUACAUCCAAAUCCUUGUCGUUAUGCUUCCAAUGGUUAUUUUGGCUCAAAAUUUGUUACUGUUUGUGUUACAGGGGAUGAAAAAUGUCAAGUACAUAUGGAAGGGUAUAGUGUUUCAAACCAAUGUAUGGCAUUAGUAAAAGACAAUUGUCUAGUGCCUACAAAAGAUGUUCCAGAGUUAGGAUUUGUUCGUGAAUCCUCCGACAAACAAUAUGUUCCUGAUGUCUACUAUAAGGAAAAGGAUUCUUAUGGUAAUGAAGUAUCUAAAUUAGCCCGCCCACUACCCGUAGAAUACUUGCUAUUAGAUGUACCAGUUUCCACACCGCUAACACCUUUAAAUACAUUCUUAUCACUUACGGACAUGUCCAAAUUCCCAGUUGAGAAUCGAUUAAUUGAUGGGCAUAUUCAGGAUUUCGAUUCUUUGUCUAGAUAUUUAAGACAGUUUUCUCCUAUGCAGUUCCAAGAAUCCGUUUCAGAUUUCCAUCUGCUUCUGUAUAUUGCUACUAUGGAAAUGUUACCAAUGAAAGAUUCUAUGGCACCUCUUCUAGAAGCAUUAAGAACAAAUGAUGUGCAAACUAUAAAGGAAUGGUCCAAGUCAGAUCUUUGGGCCACUCUAGAACAGCUGAUUAGCAACACCGCUGAUGCUGCUGUGUCGGGUCAUAUUGGAAACGGUUUUGCAUCAGCUUUAACAGAAUCUUGGACUUGUGCUCAUUGUACUUUCCUCAAUAAUUCAGAUAGGCAAUCUUGCGAUAUAUGCCGUCUUCCCAGAGAUACCAAUUAGCAAAAAUAUGAGUAUCUCAUUUAUAAUAAAAGAAAUAAUAAAUGUAUUUAUAUAUUUUUUGUAAGCAUUGUUUAUAAUUUAAAAAAAAACAUACUAUUGUCAUAAUGUAAUUAGCUAUUGUUUUGUUGUUUUAUAUAGAAUAUAUAAAAAAAUACAAUUAA